AUGGACACGGGCAACGAGUAUAGCUUGACCCCUGCUUCCUCGUCUUCCUCGCAGGAGCUGGGGAUGGCGCUCUCGCCAACGUCGCCGUCGACGAAGCGCCCGGCAGGGCGCACCAAGUUCAAGGAGACGCGCCACCCGGUGUACCGCGGCGUGCGUCGCCGCGGCAGCAAUGGGCGGUGGGUGUGCGAGGUGCGCGUGCCCAGCCGGCGCGGCGAGCGGCUCUGGCUCGGCACGCACGUGACCGCCGAGGCCGCCGCGCGCGCGCACGACGCCGCCAUGCUCGCGAUGCACGGCCCCUCCUCCGCCGCGUGCCUCAACUUCCCGGACUCGGCGUGGCUGCUCGACGUGCCGUCCAACCUCUCGGACCUCGCCGACGUCCGUCGCGUCGCCAUCGAGGCCGUGGUGCAGUUCCUGCGCCGAGGUGCCAGGAACGCCGGCGCCGCCUCGGAGUCGGAGGUGGUCCCCGUCGACGGGGUCGCCUCCGCAGCGCUGGCCCCGUCGCCGUAUGCGGACAAUGCCGGCUCUUCGGCGACGCCCCAGCCUUCAGCAGCGUCUGAGGUGUCCGCCGCCCUCGGCAGCGACAUGCUCGAGCUUCACGUUUCCGGGGAAAUGGGCUUGGGCACCUACUACGCCGACCUCGCGGAGGGGCUGCUCCUGGAGCCGCCGCCUCCCGCGGCGAGCUCGGAGCACGGAGGAGACGGCGGCGGGCAUGAUGCCUCGCUAUGGAAAUGGAACCACUGA